UCAUACUGUGUGACUACUAGCACUAGUCCGCGUAUUUUAAAAGCUUGGGAAUAAUAUCUAGAGACUUUUGCAUCCUCAGAAGUCUGUCGAGGAAUGAGCUUGUGAAUUAGUCAUGUUUCUGCAUGAAUUAUGUUUUCUUCGGCAUCACAGCACACAUCAUUAUUCAGAUGAGCAUAAGGAUUCAACACGUGGAUAUGAUUUCAAGCCUUUACAAAACAGCGUGAAAGACAUAAAAGGCUUGACUCAGUCAUACUUUCACAAGUCACAAGCUGUCGUCUGUACACAUUUAGAAAUCACUUCCGACGAGUCCACAUGAACGGGAUCUGGAGUGUUCUCGUUCUCUCACUGAUUUCCUCUCUUGCUUUUGGGAUACCCGACGAGUUAUCCCAUCCGUUAUCUGGAAAUGUCAAAGGAAGGAUUAUGUUCCGUCAAAUGGAAGGGAAUUCAACAUACUUGCGGGAUAGUGGGAAGUUGGCAUCUUACAUACCCACCUUGGUUUCAUUUCAGCACUUUGACCCGAGACAUACCUUGCGCUCUGUCACUUUCACGUACACAUGGGACUUAGGCAAUGGGGACGUGCGUAAAGGCCCAGAGCCUUUUGUGAAAUGUCACUACACUUCACCAGGGAACUACACAUUUCAGCUGAGCAUUGAAGCCAAUACACCCCAACAUUCCAGAACGACUGGGCUGUACUCUGUAAAUUUGACUGUGUUAGAUGCCAUAAAGAGCGUUGAAUUGAGAGGACCUUUAAUUUAUAACGUCGACCAGAGCAGCAAUCUGUCUUUUCACGUUGGAGGAAGUCCACCGGUUUGGCUGUGCUGGAGAGUUUUGUCUGAAUGCCACACACCCAGUCCAACUUCCUGCAAUUUAGUCAGGCUCAACGGGAACAUAUUCAAUCUGAACUACACCUUCAGAUCAGUCGGAACACAUUGCUUAGACCUGAGCGUGAGAAACAAUAUCAGCAACCUCCAGACAUCCUACAACAUCUAUGUGCAGAGUAGCCAUGUGAGUCUCAUCUUCAUUUUGCCCUGUGCUGCAGUGAUAGUCGCUACUCUCAUAUUCAUCUCUGUGUCAGUGUGUCGUCCACGGCAGCAGUCCCUCAUGUCCAAGGCUCUGAUGGCAGAUAUGAAUUAUCUCUCCUUCACAGAAAUCGAGCUGCAUGCCAAAGAUGCAUCUGUCACCUCACAGGAUAAAACAAAUGAAGCCCAGCCGCUUCUUCAUCAGCCAGAGACUUCCUACAGCACCCAACCCUGAUUGCCCGGUCUACAUUACACUUGAAGUAUUCAUUAAAAUCAGUCUUUCAUUGAAUUUACUUACAAUUAAAACUAAGAUAGAAAACGGCAGGUCUUGACUCAACACUCUUUGAAUCUACACAGUACAAGUGCACUGAAAGCUUUUUGCUCAUCUGAUUCACUCUUCUCUUUCAAUGUGAAUGCACUAAUGCUUUCUCUGCUCUUUUUGUUUGUACUUGAGUGGGUUUCAAGGCUUACUUCAUGAAGGUUCCAGUUGUUAAUGCAAAACUCUGUGAGAUCCUAAUGGAUGUUGACACUGGUGAUGAAUCUUUAAAAGUAUUAAAGUACAUGAGGUUAGAGCGAUUGCAUGCAGUUCAACAAGUGCCAUGGAAUAUUGUUACAAUUUUAAACCUGACCCAAAUGUACAAAACGCACUGCUAUGCAGAACGAUCAUAUUUCUUUGCGAGUGAUUAUGAGCGAGAGCUUCCUUGCCUAAGACCCAGAGCUCUUUCUCCUGGAAUGAAUGAGUCUGACCUGUAUUUUCCUGCUGUGAUGAUCAAUGACAUUUGCCAUCUGCACUGUGAGGUACCAGGAAGACAAGAAUUACAGCUCCACAAGGGACUGCAAAAUACCUCUCUAGGUUAAAGGCUACAGAUGAGCAAUGCAUCAUACGUCUAGUAAUAACUGUGCCCUUCAGCUCAAAAGUGGCUGAGGCAUUAUUCUUGCCCUUGGAAGUGUAGCAGGAGUCAUAUGUAUGUGAAAGGACUUGAAUUUGUUUCUUUACAAAAGUUUAGCAAAGAUUUGUUU